AAUUCCGGUAUUUUUCAAAAUAUAUUAAUCAAAAUUAUCCUAAAUUUGUCCACUUCUCCUUGGGAUUUGAAUUUUGAAAAUUCCAUAUUUUUCUCUUCAUCGCUUCCCCUCUCUGUUUCUCUUUCUUCCCAGAUCGUUUCAACAACAGCCCGUCGGCCACUAGUUAACCUUAGAGCUUGGAAGAUUCCGAAUCGGUUCUCAGGCGGGGCGAGUUGAAGCUUUGAGGAUGAAUCAGUACCACAUUUACGAAGCUAUUGGGCAUGGCAAAUGCUCGACUGUGUACAAAGGAAGGAAGAAGAAGACGAUCGAGUAUUUCGCCUGCAAGAGUGUCGACAAGUCGCGCAAGAGCAAAGUUCUUCAAGAGGUCAGGAUCCUUCACUCGUUAAAUCAUCCAAAUGUACUCAAGUUCUAUGCGUGGUACGAAACUUCUGCUCACAUGUGGUUAGUUCUCGAAUACUGCGUUGGGGGUGAUCUCAGGACCUUAUUGCAGCAGGACUGUAAGCUGCCAGAAGACUCAGUCUAUGGUCUUGCCUAUGAUCUUGUUAUAGCCUUGCUGUUCUUACAUUCGAAAGGAAUAACAUAUUGUGAUCUGAAACCAUCAAACAUCUUACUUGAUGAAAAUGGACAUAUCAAGCUAUGUGAUUUUGGGUUGGCAAGGAAGCUAGAUGAUAUUACUAAAUCUCCAUCCACGGGAAAACGUGGAACUCCGUAUUAUAUGGCUCCAGAACUAUAUGAAGAUGGAGGAGUCCAUUCUUUUGCUUCUGACCUAUGGGCACUUGGCUGUGUGUUAUAUGAAUGUUACACAGGGAAACCUCCUUUUGUGGCAAGAGAGUUCACCCAGCUUGUGAAAUCUAUUCAUUCAGAUCCAACUCCUCCACUCCCUGGAAAUGCAAGCCGUUCAUUUGCCAAUCUCAUUGAGUCUCUUCUUAUCAAAGACCCAGCGCAAAGAAUACAGUGGGCAGAUCUCUGCGGUCAUGCAUUUUGGAAGAGUAAGAUAAAUUCAGUACAGUUGCCUCCUCAGCCUGCUUUUGAUAAUAUGAUUGGCAUAUACACAAAGCCAUGUCUUUCCGAGCAUAACGGAGACAGACCAUGCAAGACCCCUCAAAAGUCUCGAGAGAAAGAUCCAAAAGGUGGUUCGAAGCACAAGGAGAACUCCACUCAAGAUUCAAGGGGCCAUGAGACGCCACAAAAGGGUACUCCUGUUGGUUUAAAAACUCAAACAAAGUUUCCUAGUAAGGCAACUGAGGAAAAACAUGGUGGUCGUCCGGGUGCUAAACGACAGGUGAAUAUUCUAAGAUUGUCAAGGAUAGCAAAGGCAAAUCUCCAAAAGGAAAAUGAGAAGGAAAACUACAGGAGACCCUUACCUAAUAGCAACGAGAACUGUGCUGAAGUGAAGAUCGAUAACACUGAUAUGGAACUUGAUUUUGAUGAACACAAUGAUGAGGAUGGUCCAGAUGAAUCAGAAGGAAAUGAGAACACCUCUCGUGCACAAGAUGAAAGAGUUUUGAGUCAAAAUGAGAGUCACAGAAGGCAAGGAGUUAGGAGUAAAAAUGUGCCUGAUGAGAACUCGUCUGCAAAUGGAACCCCAACCUCGGGUGAAGCCAGAGGUUGCCAUGAAGAGCAGUCAGAACCUAUUGAAGUGUCAGCUGCGCUACUUAGUGCUAGUCCUCAAGUCAAAACUCAUAGAGGAAGAGAUGUUUCUGGGAUUAAUGUUCACCACGACUCGUCUAAAUCACCUUAUAGCCUCAGUGACGUCCUUUGGCAUUUGUCUGAUCUUUCUGUUAGACCCGUCAUGCCCAGCAGAAAAUCUGACAAAGAAGCUGUGCCUUCUCUCUCAUUCGAAGCACCACAGCCUUCUGAUUUUGGUAAGAUGAGAAAGCAAGAACUUGAACCGCUUAACAAUAGAAUCAUAACGGUUCUAAGUGGGAGUAGUGCUGGCAUCUCAGAGAAACAGAAUUUGAUCAGAUACCUUGAGACAUUGAGUACCAAUGCUGAUGCAGCCAACAUAUUGACCAACGGGCCAAUAAUGCUUGUGCUAGUUAAAGUUCUGCGAUUAUCCAAGACCCCAGCGUUUCGUGUCCAAAUUGCUUCACUAAUUGGUUUGUUAAUUCGGCAUUCUACUGCUAUUGAAGAUGAGUUGGCAAAUUCUGGUAUUUUAGACUCUCUUACCAAUGGCCUCAGAGACAAGCAUGAAAAAGUGAGAAGGUUCUCUAUGGCAGCCCUAGGUGAAUUGCUAUUCUACAUCUCAACUCAAAAUGAGCAUAAGGAUUCCAAACCAACAGAAUCCCCAUCCAAAGAAACCAGGUCUACAUCGGGUUGGCAGGUUUCAAGUGCCUUGAUCUCUCUUGUAUCAUCUAUGUUACGCAAAGGAGAAGAUGACCUGACUCAACUCUACGCGUUGAGGACAAUAGAAAACUUCUGCAGUCAAGGAGGUUAUUGGGCCAGUCGUUUCUCCAGCCAAGAUGUGAUAAGCAACCUCUGCUAUAUUUACAGGGCAGCUGGGAAACAGGAGAGCAUAAGACAGACUGCUGGAUCAUGUUUGGUCCGUCUUGCUCGUUUUAACCCUCCUUGCAUUCAGACGGUUGUAGAAAAGCUUUCAUUAAAGGAAAUAGCUUCAUCUUUCGUCAAAGGCAGCGCAAGAGAGCAGCAAACUUGCUUAAAUCUUCUGAAUAUGGCUAUGAUUGGAAGUCACACGUUCCCAAGCUUUGGAAGGCAUCUUGUAACAUUGACAGAGGAGAAAAAUCUUUUCCCUAGUUUGCUUUCCAUCAUAGAGCAAGGAACUGAAGUUCUGAGGGGAAAAGCUGUUCUCUUCGUUGCACUUCUGUGCAAAAACAGUAGGCGGUGGCUAACAAAUUUCUUAUGCAAUACAAGAUUUCUUCCCGUGGUGGACAGAUUAGCCAAAGAAAAAGACAGUUAUGUGCAACAAUGUCUUGAGGCAUUCGUGAAUGUCAUUGCCUCCAUAAUACCGGGUUUGCUGGAUACAAUAACCAGUGAUAUCCAGCAGCUAAUGACAGGAAAACGCCAUGCACCUGUUUCUCCCCUUAAUGGUCGAGCUGCCCCAAAGACUAAUCUACACUUGUUCCCUGUGGUUCUUCAUCUUCUUGGAAGCUCUUCGUUUAAGAACAAAAUGGUAACCCAACAAAUCCUGCGCCAGCUUGCAAAUCUUACAAAACUUGUGGAAGCCUCAUUUCAGGGAAGAGAUGACUUCCGUAUAACCCUUCUUCAAGUUCUAGAAUGCAUAGCAGAAGAAGCUCCUCUGGUUACACAAAAUGCUGAGAUUAUUAUCCGUGAGGUUCUCCCAUCUCUGGCUGCAAUUUACAAUGGAAACAAAGACGGGGAUGCUCGGUUUCUCUGUUUGAAGAUCUGGUUCGACUCAAUGACAAUUCUCUUAACCGAGUGCACACAAUUGGAGCAACAAACCUCUGAGGAUUUGAAAUCAGUAUCCAACUCUCAUUUCCUCCCACUCUACCCUGCACUGCUCCAAGACGAAGAUCCAAUCCCAGCUUACGCACGAAAGCUACUUCUCAUGCUAGUUGAGUUUGACUACAUUAAAAUCUCCAGCAUUUUGCAUCAGAAUACAGUUUCACAAUGCUUUGAGUUUCUUCUCGGAGACUUGUCAAGCGCGAAUGUAAACAACGUCAAGCUCUGUCUCGCCUUGGCCUCAGCUCCAGAGAUGGAAACUAAACUACUUUCUCAGCUCAGAGUAGUGAGGAGAAUCGGGAAUCUGCUAGAGUUCGUGAAUGCCAAAGACAUGGAAGAUUUCCUUGAGCCUACUUUAAGUCUCUGCAGAGCUUUCUUGUUACGGUCACUUGGGAACAAGAAAGGUCUCCGCUCAAACUACACGAAAGAGCCAACGCUAUUAUCAGAGGCAUCUUUCACAUUCGAGGUCGAUCCACAAGAAUGUGUAAGAGACAUUGCAGACUUCGGUAGCAACAUCGGCUUGUUCUUGGACCUCGCGGCCUCAGAUGACACGAGCAUCGCAGUAGCAGAUAUUGCCUCUGAAUGCGUCGUGUUGCUACUUAAAGCUGCUUCGAGAGAAGCCGCCAUGGGGUUUUUAACCAAUCUUCCUAAGAUCACACCGAUCCUCGACUCGUGGCGCAGGAGGAAGAGCACGGAGACACAAGUGUUGGUAUUGACGAGAAUCUUGCAUUGUUUGGGUUAUGCGUGCAAGCAGUAUCUAUCGCAUGCCAUGAUUUUGUCGAUACCAGGAUAUGAUAUCUAUAAGAUCAACGCCAUUGUCUCUGAGAUCAAGAACUCAGACGUCGCGGGUCUUAACAGCGUCGCUUCGCUAGUUGCUGUGGAGUUGCAGAGGUUGCCUCGUUAAUUUUGGACUAUUCUAAACCAAUGUAACAGUUUAUGAUAACGAUUCAAGUCUUUUUAUUGUUAUUUGUACAAUGCAAAGUAUGUCUACAUUCUCGCUGUUAAACUAGGAGUAAGCUGUAGCUUUUGAAAAUGCAAAGUAUAUCCAGGCUUUUGCCAUUUUCUCGAGGAGCUUUGAGACGAGAAUUGCUUGUGAAUAAUUUAUACAACAUUUUCACAAGUAUUUUGUAGAUUUUUUUUUUGUCUGGUUAAUUAUGCUAUUACAAAUUAUGAGAAAUAUUAUCUAGGAUAUUUUGUAGAAUUUUGUAAAUUGUAGAAAUAUUACCUAGGAUAUUUUGUAGAAUUUUGUAAAUUGUGGUUUGUCUGUGUAUUUGAUAAUGUUGUAGUUCCUUAAGAUACUAGUGGUACUAAACGGGGAACAAGUGUACUAUGCGACUAUGUGAGUCUUAUCCUCUUUUAUAGGUACUUUUCUCGGUUGGUGUUUUUAAUAGGAGAGAGUUACACUAAGGGACACAAUAUGACUUUAUGUAACACUCAGAGACACAUAGUGAAGUUGAGACACAUUAUGUAGACAGCUGUAUAUUUUGUGACAAAAUUAAUCCUACUUUUGUCUAAUAUAUUUUGUAGACAGCUGUAAAGAGAAGUGUGUUGUAACUAGGUAUAUGUGAUAAAAUGAAUUGUUUUUGGACCAUACAAUUAGAAAAGUUUUUUUUUGAUCCAAAAGUUGUUUUUCUUUUAUUUUUUUAGUUUCUUCUACGGGGCUUAACCAGUGUCUCUUUCCUCCACUUCCACUUUCAUUAUCAUUAUCAUUAUCACCCUUUCAAUCACCACCUCCAUCAUCAUCUUCAUAUCCGCCAUCACCACCUCCUCCACCCGUUACCACCUUCGUUUUAAUUACCACCUCCGUUUGAAUCACUAAUUCCACUAUCUCUUCCAUCUCUCUUACCACUUUUGUAUCCACCCCCGAGACCUCUAUCCACAACUCUUCCGCUCACAUCAACAACAUAAACACAACCACUGACCAUGAGAUCCAUGUCCACAAUUCUUCCGAACACAUCAACAACAUACACACACACAACCAUGAGAUCCCCGUCCACAACUUUUCCGACCACAUAAACAACAUCCACACACACAUUGACCAAGCAAGCUACCAUCACCUCCAUUAAUCACCACCUCCAGUUUCUCAUCUCCCUCUAUUACCACUUUCGUAUCCACCACCGAGAGCCCCAUCCGCAACUCUUCCGGUCACAUCAACAACAUCAACACAACCACUGACAAUGAUAUCUUCAUCCACAACUCUUCCGACCACAUCAACAAUAUCCAUGCACACAUUGACCAAAAGAGCCACCGAUCCUCAUCCACAACUCCUCCGACCACAUCAACAAUAUCCACGCACACAUUGACCAGGAGAACUACCGUCACCUUCAUACCUACCAUGUCACCACCGCCUCCUCCAUAACCACCACCGCCUGGACUAUGGUAUCCACUGCCAUCUCACCACGGUAUCCACCACUGCUUCCAUGGGACUAAGCGCCACCGUUCAUAGCUACCAACGCCUUGUUCAUAGCCAUCAUCGCUUCCAUGGGGGGUAGAGAAGACCGAUAGAUGUAUGCUCAAGAAUAGAGAUGGAGAAGAUGUUGGCAGGGAGAAAGGGGGUUAAGGAGAAUUUUGGAUCGAGAAGAUUACGGUUCGUUUUCAGAAUUUGAUUUCUAGAUCGAGAAAAUGUCGAGAGAUAAAAGGGUUAUGAUUACUUUUCUGAAUUUGGGAAUCUGAAGAGAUAAGAUUAUUUGUUUAAAAAAAAUAGACUUUACUCUUUCUUUUAGAAAGGCUCACUGCUCUCAACUUCAGUCUCAA